AAUCCCUACAUAUUAUGUACCUUCCUUUGCUUAAGCAAGCCUCAAGCGUAAAUUCCCCUUGCUGUCCCUGCCCUGUCCCUCGCGCUCACACUCACACAGCUGCUUACAGGUUCUCACUUUCCCAAUUGGGUGAUGCUUUCUUUCGUUAAAGUUGGAGACUUGAGAUUGUAGUGCCAUCUUUGCACUACAAUUAUAUAAUUUGCAGUUUGCUCAGUUGAGGUUGAGUUGCUUUGUUUGAAGAUAUGAUAGUGUGGGCACUUUUAACAUCAGUAGGAAUCAAUCUUGGUCUUUGUCUCCUCUUCUUCACUCUAUAUUCUGUAUUGAGGAAGCAACCCAGUAAUCUUGAAGUCUAUGCACCGCGCUUGGUUGCUGCUAAAGAAGGAUCUGAGCAAAAAAAUGGUUUCAAUUUCGAGAGGCUGUUACCAACUGCAGGUUGGGUGAAAAGGGCAUGGCAGCCCUCUGAAGAUGAGCUCCUCUCAGUCACCAGCUUAGAUGCUGUGGUCUUCAUUCGCAUUUUUAUCUUCAGUUUGAGAGUCUUUGGCUUUGCUGGGAUUGUUGGGGUUCUCAUUCUUCUUCCAAUAAAUUAUCUGGGGAACCAGCUCGAUGUGGAUUUUGAUUUUUCUGAUUUGCCCAACAAGUCUUUGGACUCCUUCAGUAUUUCAAAUGUCAAUGAUGGCUCAAAAUGGUUAUGGGUUCACUUUUGUGCAGUAUACAUUUUCAGUGGAGUCGUCUGCUAUCUUCUUCAUUAUGAGUAUGGCUAUAUCUCAUCAAAGAGAUAUGCGCACUACUAUUCAUCCAAACCUCAGCCUCAUCAAUUUACAAUAUUAGUUCGUGGUAUUCCUGUCUCAUCUGGGAGCAGCUGCAGUGAAACUGUUGAGAGAUUUUUUACAGAGUAUUAUCCUUCUACUUAUCUUUCACAUGCAGUGCUUCGCCGAACCAACGAACUCCAACGUCUCACUAGUGAUGCAGAAAAGCUAUACAGAAGGCUUGUGCAUCUGAAAUCGGAAACUAAGCCCCAGCAAAGAUCCAGACGUGAUGGCUUUUGCGGGCUUUUUGGACGCAAAGUUGAUGUUUUAGAUCAAUAUGGAAAGAAAUUGGAAAAUUUAGAAGAUAAUGUGAGAAUGGAGCAAUUGUCAGUGGCAGGAAAGGAAGUUCCAGCUGCCUUUGUGUCAUUUAAGUCCCGGCUUGGUGCUGCAAUAGCUUUACACAUUCAACAAGGAACAAAUCCCACAGAAUGGGUCACCGAGAGGGCUCCGGAGCCUCAAGACGUUCACUGGCCCUUCUUUUCUUCAUCUUUUAUAAAAAGAUGGAUCUCCAAGCUGGUGGUGGUGGUUGCAUGCGCUGCUCUUACAAUUUUAUUCCUCAUUCCAGUUGUAAUAGUGCAAGGCCUUACUAAUCUUGAACAGUUGGAAACGUGGUUUCCUUUUCUGAAAAGCAUACUGAACCUAACAGUUGUCAGUGAAGUCAUAACAGGUUAUCUUCCAAGUCUUAUUCUUCAUUUGUUCCUUUCUUUUGUGCCACCCAUCAUGAUAAUGUUGUCAUCCAUAGAAGGUUGCAUCUCUUUCAGUCAGAUAGAAAAAAGUGCAUGCACCAAGAUGUUGUGGUUUACAAUAUGGAACAUUUUCUUGGCAAAUACACUAUCAGGGUCGGUUCUCUAUCGGUUCAAUAUCUUUCUUGAGCCCAAAAAGAUUCCGGGAAUCCUUGCUGAUGCUGUUCCAGCACAGGCAUCAUUCUUCAUUGCAUAUGUUGUGACAUCUGGAUGGACCAGUCUUCUAUCCUCAGAACUCUUCCGCCUGCUUCCCCUGAUUUCCAGUAUUAUAAAAAGACCAUUUUCAGGAAAAGAUGAUGAUGAAUUUGAGGUUCCUUCAAUUCCAUACCACAGUGACAUUCCUAAAGUUCUGUUUUUCGGACUCCUUGGAAUAACAUAUUUCUUCCUGGCUCCGCUGAUUCUCCCCUUCCUUUUGGUUUACUGUUGUCUGGGAUACAUAAUCUACCGUAACCAGCUGCUAAAUGUAUAUGCACCCAAGUAUGAAACUGGCGGAAGAUUUUGGCCAACUGUGCACAACUCAACAAUUUUUUCCUUGGUACUGAUGCACGUUAUUGCAAUUGGGAUAUUUGGGCUUAAGAAGCUUUCCUUGGCUUCUAGUUUGAUUGUCCCUCUUCCAAUUCUCACGCUUCUUUUUAAUGAGUACUGCCGUAAACGAUUUCUACCAAUAUUCAAAGACUAUCCUGUUGAGUGUUUGAUAAAGAAAGAUAGAGAAGACCAAAAUGAUCCUACAAUAGCUGUGUUUUAUGAUAAAGUACGCACUGCAUAUAAGGAUCCAGCUCUGAUGCCAAAACGCCAUCCAAGAAGCACUGAUGACCAUAACUCACCCCUUCUUCAAGCUGGAGUCUGAAGCCCAACAAUUUGUCUUCUUACACUAAAAAAUUUACCUGUCUGUCAAUAAUUUGAAAUGCUUGUGGAAAGAAAGAAAGCUUGUGCCGCUAAUACUGGGACAAAGUUUCGGCUAAAACUCAAGAUAAGAUUGUGUCUGUGAAGUCAUAUUCUGUAUUCAUGUAAAAUGUAAAGUAUAUGAUCUUUGAGGUAGGUCUAUUUUGGUCAUUCUCACUGCUAUGUUAUGGACUAUUGAUAUUAUGCUUGAAGAAGGUAUAAAAUAAUACUCUUUUAGUUA